AGAUAACGACCGAAAAGCCUCCAAUGGCAGACACCAUAUAACACCCCACAUAGCCUUUCUUCUCUCAGUUUACCCUCUUUUUUUCCAUCUAGAACAGACUUCGCCCGUUCAGUGAAAAAAUUGCACCAAUUUUCAUCCGUUCGGACAAAGCAGGAAUGCUGCAAAAAUGCUGCUUAACGGCGCUAGAACCCCGGUCCGACAGAGUAUUCAAUCAUAUGUGUGGUUUAACAAGUCACAGAAAUAUGCUUUGCGCUCCAGCCCACAACGCGUACAUCCCAGAUCCAUGUCACGGUUUCCCAUACGUACAUGACAUUGACAGAUCGAUCUAUCAUCCAUUGUUGGUCGGCCGAAAUAUGGAAUGCUUCUGUCUAUAUCACCGCUUCCUAACAUUCUUCCUUCGCCGUCCCCCAGCCAUCGCCGUUGCUUUGCGCGAUGCAGGCUUGACACCUGCACUUGACCCUUCGCUAGGCGUCACUGCCCCACUGCCAGGGACGUCUGAAGCCACUGAACCUUCAUCAUCCUCAUCGAUUCCAUCUGUGGCAUUAGUACCUGGCGAAUCACGCCUGACCACUUUUGAAAUAAGGUCGGAGACUAGCGCAAGGAACCAUGUCUUCCUCAAUGAUGGACGGACCGCACUAGAUUCGUUCACGGGAAGCAGACUUCCAUCAGGUUCGAUCUGCAAGAAUGGUCAGAACGUAGUCGAUCACGUCGGGCAGAACGCACUCACAAUGAAUACGUCCUCUCCUUCUACAACCAUGUCGAUCAUUUUCCCACCAAUGAUAUUGCCCUCAUCGUCCAAACGUGGACUCCCUCCGAGAUUGACUUUGACCUGCGACACACGACAGACAGCAUCAGUAAUGGAAGUCGGUCGGAGCAUGCUGAAUACCAACGGACCUUCCUCUGUCCUUCAACUGGUAUCAGCUUAGUUCCCCAGGCGGCGGACUUAGCUUGGUGUCUAAUAGUCUCUAUUCUUUUGAGAUCUUUUCCAUAGUUCACGCGCUGGAUCGCGUAUUGCAGAACCGACGACAGUAUGGUCAAAAAGACGAAGACACUCUGGAAUAACAAGUCAAUUAACCAGAGAUAAGAUGUCAACCAAAAGCCACAUACACCGAUACCAGGCCUAAAGCGGGCAUAGUAGUAUCCUGUACCUCGCCAUCUUGGCACGCCAUUCUUGUAGAAGAAGUCAUAUCUAUCGGCUGAGCAUUAGUACAGAUUUAGACAUAACACAUGUUGCACUGUACCUCUUUCUACUUUCCGGAUCUCUCAGAAUCUUCGAAAUC